UAACGUGGUUCAUACGAAGCUCACUAUGAAGCUGCCUCAUCAACCAAAGGCUAAGAAAUUUCAAAUUUAUAUAUGUUAUAAGAACCUCAUGAUCCUUUCUUUAAUUUCAUAUCAUCAUCAGUGUUACCAAAACAUGACAGAUAAAAAUCCUGUCUCACUACCACCGGAUUCACCUGAGAGCGAUUUCAUCAACCAAUGGCCUCAGGAGCUUUCUGAGUACUUGAAGCUUGAUGAUGAUAAUCAAUGGCCAGAUGAUGAUGAUCAUCCGGACCAUUCAUUUGCUAAUUCUUGGCAUGUCCUCAACCAGGACAAUCAAACCAAUCAAGUAGGUGACUUUGGAGGAAGUAGCAGCAAUGUUGAGGGGUCUUCAACCAGUAAGUCAGAUGUUAAUAUUGAGGAUGAGAAGGCAGUUAAAGAAAAAGUUUCAUUCAAAACCAAGUCAGAGGUUGAAAUACUGGAUGAUGGGUUCAAGUGGAGAAAGUAUGGAAAGAAGAUGGUGAAAAACAGUCCCAAUCCAAGGAACUACUACAGGUGUUCAGUGGAGGGAUGUCGUGUGAAGAAAAGAGUAGAGAGAGAUAGGGAUGAUCCAAGUUAUGUAAUAACAACCUAUGAAGGCACCCAUACUCACCCAAGUUCUUACUAGGUAGAAAGUUGAGAAGUUUUGGCAUUUGGUGAGCCAUAUAUAGCUACCACUAGUUCUAGUUAUCACUGCAUACAUAGGCUCUUGACAAGUGUUAUGAAGCAUUUGAUAUCAGAGUUGGUGAUUCUCACAAACAAUUGAACUUUACCAGUGCUCGAGCCUAUUUGAAUGUAAACGAAAUAUGACUAAUUGAAGCUUAAUUAGUGUUUGUAAUAUCAACUCGGUGAAUUCGUGAGUUAACUAUUUCGAGCAUAUAAAAUUGCUCUUAUGAAUGAAUA